UAAAGCCGCAAAAGACAAGACCAAAUUGGCGAUGCGAUGUCGUUCCCCACUAAUUACAAUCCUGAUCCCGACAAAAGUCUGACGGACCUGCUCAUAGAAUGUCAGCUAGACGACAAAAAUGACGUCCAGGCGCCCCAAUCCAACGACAGUGUUUCACCUAAGAACGCCGUCUGCAGCAGCACCGAUAUUUCGGUGUCGUCGAAUGAUUCUUUGGUUGUCAGCUACUUACACACAUCACAGUUCAACAGCUCCUCAGAAGUGUCCCAGGGAGCGAUUACCAUUGAAGAGACCAAUCCAAACACUAAUAUCAAUCCAAUCCCACCGUGCAAGGCGGCCCAAUCCAACGACAGUGGUUCAUCUACGAACGCCGACUGCAGCAGCAGCGAUAUUUCGGUGUCGUCGAAUGAUUCUUUGGUUGUCAGCUGCUUACACACAUCACAGUUCAACAGCUCCUCAGAAGUAUCCAAGGAAGCGAUUACCAUUGAAGAGACCACAGACACGGACGGCGAGGAUCCCUUGGCUGAAAGUCGUCCUGGUUCCACGGACAUCAGUAUGAACACGAGCUCACGAUUGAAGCGACACUCCCCAGAUCCUGUGGGCGAUGAUCUGGAGAUCAAAAAGUUUGCCUUAGGUCCCAGUACUAGUGCGGCCGCCCACGUUGUGUCGUCAAUACGUGCUCAAUUGAAGCGAAGGUCCUCGAAUGACGGUGAGAAUGGUACUCCGGUUAAGAAAUUUCAUUGCAAUCUAGACGAGAUGGCCACCCCUUCGAAUCGCUCGGUCGUAACUCGCAGUGGACGUGCAGUUGUAUUGCGCAUGAACCAGGAGUUUGACUACUCAUCCUCGCAAUCGAAGGAUGAUGACGAGGAGGAGUCCGAUGAUCCGUCGCUGGAAACCGACGACGAGGACUACCAGCAGACAGUCGACUUCGAUGAGGCCAAGUGGUCAUGUUCCAAGAGGCGCAGCUUUGGAAACAGCAGCAACAGUGCCUGUAGCACCGAUGGCAGCCACUCCUCGCCGGAGUCAAUGCCUCCCACAAUCUACAUAGAGUUAGGCAAACCAGUAGCCAUCGUGGACUACGAGCCACUGGCCGAUCUCGCACUGGAAGACGAUGGCGAGCUUAAGACAAAGGUGCACAAGUUUCUGGGUCUCAUGGCGCCCCGGCGCAGGCUGUACAAUCCCGAUGAAAACUGCGAUCCAGAACCGGAGGAGAAUGAGAAAGUGGCGAACCUAUCGCUCGGUCGGCUGCUAAAUAUUUCUGCUUCCUCGCCCGCGAAGCCACCCUCUCCAUCACCCAUGCCCCUUAUUGGGCCGCCAACAUCGCCGACUUCCACUUGGUCGACCCUGAACCUAUCGCAUCUCAAUCCGCCCACCCUACAGGAGCGGCAGAAGAAGAUGUUCGACAACAUGGUGCUGCAGGCCAAUGCAACUUCCUUCGAGGAGGAGACGCCGGAUUUCCUCAAGGAGCCCAUCGAUCUGAGCGACCUGCCCAAUAAGAGGCAGGUGGCUGCCAUAUGUCGUGGGCACAAGAGCUGCAUUCCCUACCUGGAGAAUCAUCCGCACUUCUACAGAUUCGUAGAGUCGCUCAAUCCGGCGACCUCGAUCAACUUUUGCCAUCCGCUGGCACUGAACUUCCGUCAGAAAAAUUUUGGAAACUGCAAAGUGUCAAUGGCCAAGCUGUUGUUUAACAUCUUCAACCACGCUAUCUUUCACUGCGGCCUCCUGGCGCCAAUCGUUUGGAAGCGCGGCAUGAGCACGCCCUGCAAAAGCGAGCUGGCCAUCGGUGCCUCCGGGCAGCGCACUGCCCGCAUCCUACUAUGGAAGGGCAUCAGUCACCCAAGCAUGCUCAUCAAGCCACUGCUGCACGAGAUGAUUCAUGCGGCGGCCUUCGUUUUCAACCGUGAGACGGGACACGGCGAUAAUUGCCGCAGAUGGGCCUACCAGGCGAAGCACGCCAUGCCGGAGCUUCCGACGAUCGAAGACUGCCAGCCCACCUUAAAGUAUACUUGCACCCUGUGCGCCCGCUGCUCCUACGGCAGGAUCGAUUUUCCGAAGGAGAAGCUGCGCUGCCACUACUGCCAGUUCGCGGUGGGCGUAAAGCCUUAUAGCCAGGCCGACAUGUUCAAUGGCACCCGGCCAGAUCCGGCGAUGACCCCAUUCAAGUCCUUUAUCCGUGACAAUUACUUGAAGCUGGGCGAGGAGGGAGGUGCCACGCACAGCUCGAAAAUGAGACUGCUCAACGAAGAGUAUUCAAAGAUGAGUGUUCCAAACAGUUAGAGGACAAACCCUUUGUUACGUUUCAACUGUUUUAUAUUUUUAAUUCUUACUCUUAUACAUAUAUAAUGGCGAACGUCAAAUUAUAUUUGUAGGGUCACCAAAAGAAUGCAGGCGGCUAAUGUGAAAUAAACUGUGACAUAUUUAUUUUUUUAAUACAAUCUGUGUCUUCGAUUAAGUAAAUGCUACUUAAUUUAGCUUUAAAACACAAUAAACAACACUAAUAAAUUACUUUGGUGUAA